CUCUCUUCCUUCCAUCCUCAACACCAACUGUCUCUUUAUCUAUCGAUGUCUAUAACACCAUCACCCUUUCCCGCUUUCCACGAACCUUCUUUCUCCUCUUUCUCUCUCUCUCACACACACACACACAGUUCCAAUCUUUUCUUCCCAAUCCUCCUCACAAUCAAUCUCAUGUUCACUGCAACUACUUCCAACGCUCUUCACUUCCUUACUCUCCUUUCGGAGUAGGCUGUAAGAUUUUGAGGUGUAUGAAGGAACUAUUCACUGUCCUGUGAUACUUGCACGCCACUUAUUUGUCGAAUUCUACCUUGUUCUUGAACUGGGCUACAGUGAUGAAUUUUCAGCAAGACAAAUUUGUUAGAUUUCGUGAUUGGAAUUCAGAGAAGGAUUCUGAGAGCAGCUCUCCUGCAAUUCAUGUAGAACGCCCAGGGAGAAUCAAGAAUACACUAAAUUCAGUUUCUGAGAAGUUUCAAAGGGGUUUGGAAUCCAGUUCAGAGGGAAUGAAGAGAUUUAGAAAAUCAUUCAAAUCUCUUCCCUAUAACAGAGUUCUCUCUGGAAGUUUUAGUUCUAGAAAGAAAAUUCUUGAUCCCCAGGGUCCUUUCCUUCAAAAGUGGAAUAAGAUAUUUGUAUUAUCAUGUCUUAUUGCUGUGUCACUUGAUCCUUUGUUCUUCUAUGUUCCUGUGAUCGAUGAUAACAAUAAAUGUCUUUCUCUGGACAGAAAAAUGGAAAUUACAGCAACUGUUUUAAGAUCUUUCUCUGAUAUUUUUUAUAUAAUCCAUAUAAUUUUCCAAUUUCGUACUGGAUUCAUUGCUCCCUCUUCUCGAGUAUUUGGAAGAGGUGUUUUGGUUGAAGAUGCUUGGGUAAUAGCAAUGCGGUAUCUAUCAUCAUACUUCUUAAUUGACAUUCUUGCCGUUCUUCCCCUCCCACAGGUGGCAAUUCUAAUUAUCAUUCCCAAGUUGAGGGGCUCUGAAUCACUGAAUACAAAGACCUUGCUGAAAUUUAUUGUCUUCUUCCAGUAUAUCCCACGAUUUUUGCGAUUAAUUCCAUUAUAUAAAGAAGUUACUAGGACCUCUGGCAUCCUCACUGAAACAGCUUGGGCUGGAGCUGCAUUCAAUCUCUUUCUGUACAUGCUAGCAAGUCAUGUUAUUGGUGCCUUUUGGUACUUGUUUUCUAUAGAAAGAGAAACCACGUGCUGGCAAGAUGCAUGUCGAGGAAAUAGCACAUGUAACACAGAAGCUAUGUAUUGUGAUAAUCAUCAAGUUUUGGGCUCUAUUUCAGUAUUCCUGAAUGCUUCUUGCCCAAUACAGGACAAAAAUACAACACUCUUUAAUUUUGGAAUAUUUCUUGAUGCCCUUCAAUCUGGAGUUGUAGAGUCAAGAGAUUUCCCACAGAAGUUCUUUUAUUGUUUUUGGUGGGGCCUACGAAAUUUGAGUUCCCUUGGUCAAAACCUUGCAACAAGUACCUAUGUUUGGGAAAUCUGCUUUGCAAUUUUCAUUUCAAUUGCUGGUUUGGUAUUAUUUGCAUUCCUCAUUGGAAAUAUGCAGACAUAUUUGCAGUCAACGACUACCAGAUUGGAGGAAAUGAGAGUAAAAAGGAGAGAUGCUGAACAGUGGAUGUCUCAUCGAUUACUGCCUGAUAGCCUGAGAGAAAGAAUCAGACGACAUGAGCAGUACAAAUGGCAAGAAACCAGAGGUGUUGAUGAAGACAACUUGAUCCGAGAUCUUCCAAAGGAUUUGAGAAGGGAUAUUAAGCGUCAUCUUUGCUUGGCUUUGCUGAUGAGGGUGCCAAUGUUUGAGAAAAUGGAUGAGCAACUUCUGGAUGCAAUGUGUGACAAACUCCAGCCAGUGCUAUACACAGAAGAAAGCUGCAUUGUCCGGGAAGGAGAUCCUGUUGAUGAAAUGCUCUUCAUAAUGCGCGGCAAGCUAUUGACUGUAACCACUAAUGGUGGAAGAACAGGCUUCUUUAACUCUGAAUACCUCAAGGCUGGUGACUUUUGUGGAGAGGAACUUCUCACAUGGGCUUUAGAUCCUCACUCCUCAUCCAACCUUCCCAUAUCAACUAGGACUGUCCAAACUCUUUCAGAAGUAGAAGCAUUUGCUCUAAAAGCCGAUGACUUGAAGUUUGUUGCUUCACAGUUCCGGCGCCUUCACAGUAAGCAGCUUCGUCACACUUUCAGGUUUUAUUCACAACAAUGGCGUACAUGGGCUGCAUGUUUCAUACAAGCAGCGUGGAGGCGUUAUAGUAAAAAGAAGCUGGAAGAGUCUCUGAGAGAAGAAGAGAAUCGUUUGCAAGAUGCAUUAGCCAAAGCAGGUGGUAGCUCACCUAGUCUAGGUGCCACAAUAUAUGCUUCAAGGUUUGCAGCUAAUGCACUCAGACUUUUACGUAGAAAUAGCACAAGAAAGACCAGGAUGCCAGAAAGAAUAUCACCCAUGCUGCUGCAGAAGCCUGCUGAGCCUGAUUUCACUUCUGAAGAACAAUAGUUUUCGACGAAUAAUAGGUUGCGGAUGCCUGGUUCUGAAGGAUAUAUUAACAUGAAAAUGACCUUUUUGAUAGAGGACCAAAAUGGCAUUUCGUUUAUUUGUUUUAUUUUGUAAGUUAGUGUAACAUGUAAUGUCUAUAAAAUAUAAACUAUGAAGUUGUAUAUAUAUACAUCAUACAUAUAGAUAUACGAUUGUUGGAGAAGUCUUUUCAUUCGUGAAUGAAGCACAAAAUGAACUAUUUUUUCACAUCCUGAUUUCUUUAUUUCUGCUUGCUGGAUGAUGGGAGUUUCCUGAUAUUUCAAACAUGAAACGGGAAAAUCUUCCAUACAAUAAUUAUUUUAAGCAAAAUAAUAUUUCAACACUCUUUUUUAACACCAAUUUGACACUAUACAUGUGUCAAUUGGUGAUUGGAGCAAUUGAAUGUAAAAAGAAAACUUAAUUUGGGACAUUGGUAAGGGCAUAGUUGGAAAGAGAAAUAUGAAAAUUUGGAAAAUUUGGGUUUAGUGGUUCCUUUUGGUUCUUAAGAGUCGUUCUCCAUAUCCAUCUCACUUUGGCGGUUCCUUUUUCGUUCUCUCUAGGGCUUGUGAAGAAACGGGUUCAAUCUCCAUCCUCAACCAUCAUCUAAUUUUUGUUCUAUCAGUCGUGCUCCAUCUCCAUCUCACUUUGGCGGUUCCUUUUUCGUUGUGUCUAGGGCUUGUGAAGUGACGGGCUCCAUCUCCAUCCUCAACCAUCAUGUAAUUUUCGUUCCAUCAUCUCGAUCUCACUUUGGUUUUCGUUCUCUGUCGGGAUUGACGUUGUCAUCCUCGACCAUCAUCUCAUUUUGGUUCCAUCAUCUCAUUAUCGUUGUGUGGAGUGUUUUCUCCUUGGGUGUGUCAACGAUUCUCUGGUGAACGUUUUGGUUUGAGCGUUGGUGGGUUUUGCUCUCAUGGUGCAAUGCAUUUCAAUGACUACAAUGCAUUUUGGUGGAUUUGGUCAAUAAAAGUGAACUUGUAAUAGUUGUGGUUGAUAAUAGCUUAUGGUAACAGCAUGAAUUUCUGAAUUUGUACACAAAGUUCUGCUGAAGGGGCCAGUUUUGACAACGUAGGGGACCACCAUUGAUACUGGUUCAAUUUUUUUAGAUUCUUCCUUCCAACACUGGAAUUUGGUUAUUUCAUUAUUGUUUGUUGUGAUAAGUGAUAUAUGUUUUGGUUCUAUNAUUUAAGAUAUGAUUGUGGAGUCAUCAUGUUAAAAGUUAUGGAAAUUUGGGAUGGAGAGGACAUAUACAACGACAAGAGCAUGCCAAAGUAUACGAUUGUAAGUAUGAAUUUCAUUGUUAGCAAUAUUUCAUGAUGUUGUUAAUUAUAUCUAAAGUAAAAUAUAUUUUGUUUCA